UAUUUGAAGCAGAGAGAGUAAUAUUUUGAGAUAAAACUAGUAACAUCUAAAGUGAUUCUAAGGUAAAAUCGUUCUGCAAUUUCAUUACAAGUAUGUCACUUUUUUUUUUUUUUUUUGGUAUUCCACCCGCUUCACCCUUUAAGCUAAUCUGGAUUUGAGAAUCAAUUUUGAAGGGUUAGGUUUCAGUUUUUUCCCAAUUAUUAUUACAAGGAUCAAGUUUAUCACCUAUUUACAUUCCAAUAUUUUCUUAUACUCGAUUACUCAUACUAUUCCUAUAAAAUAUAGGCCUAAUUUUUCUGGCCAAGCCUGCAUAAUUUUCGGGCCGGACUAAUGGACCAUUGAUGAUCAACUCUAACAACAUGUACCGCAUCGAACAUUCGUACUCAUAAAAAUAUAAAAUUAUGUGAAAAUCCAUAAUUUGUCUUUCUCAUUUUACAUUUUCCAUCAAACAUGGAAGUUGAAUUUCCAUGCUAACUCCAUGAAACCCGCUUUAAACACCAGAGACUGCAAACUGGCGCUUUAAUUCAAAAUUGGAAAGACCCAAAAAAAAAGAAGUAGGGUUUUGGUAUUUUCUGUUGAGUGUUUAUUUUCCAUGGAUCGUCUUCGUCCCAGAGAAAGAAAGGUCUUUUCUGGCUUCACAGAUACCGAAAUUGAGAAGCUGGAAUGCUUGUUUACAGAAUAUGGAGAAUUGUCAGUCAACCGGGACUUUUGUGUGAAAGUUGCAAAGGGAAUUAGUCGAUCUGCUGGGAGGGCUGGGAAACCUGUUGUAAAGUGGGAUGAGGUGCAAAGUUGGUUCCAAAAUAGGCAGAAAACAAGUCCAGUUAAAGCAGCUCCACCAUCUAUCAAUCAAAAAGAAAUUUCUCCUUCACCUGAUGUGUCUAAAAAUGUGGCUGCUCGUCCGGAUGCUUCUGACCUGAAGAAGACUAAUGAAUCCAACCAGUGCCUAAAGAAAGAGGCAUCUUCUGUAAAUUCCAGGUAUCUUAGAACUUGUUACUCUCAGGUGCAGAUAUAA